AGACUACGUUCCAGUUCCAACGAGUGAAGUACUGAAGUGACGAUCGAAUGUGAGCACACUUUCAAAUUAGUUAUAAUAUCUUGGAAAUUUGGGAAAACUACUUGCCGUUGCUGCUUAAUCGGUAUAACACGCUGAAGAAUUAGUUGAACGUCAGAAAAUUUCCCGCGCUAAAACGUUUUGUUGGUCCUUUUAACAAUGCUUGUGGUCUGAAUAGUCAGUGUGUGGGUGGAGACAUGAUUGCUCUGUAGCCAAAUUUGAUUACCAAUAACUACCCAAGGCCACCACUUCUGAAGGACCUUGCCUUAUCAGUAACACAUGCCAAAACCCAGAAUGAUCGAAAAAGUUGUUACUGAAUCAGGCAAUGAAUGCCAGCACAGCAGUUCAAUUUUGUCAGACCAACAGAACAACAAAGCAAAACCCGUGGUAGUGAGGAAAAAACUAGUGAAAAAAGGCUUGAAGAAAAUCCAUCCUUUUCACGCAACAAAUGGGAAAAGCAAAGCUUCCUCUCUGGACAGACUGUCAAAUUCAAUCUGCAAAAAAGCCAAAAUUAAUGGUAAAUUGAGUUACAGUACUGUUCAGUCGGAAAAUGACUGUGAUGCAUCCAGCUCUGUGCCUUCGCUUGCCUCAAACUUUUCUGGGGAAGAGUUGGACUCAGAAAUUGUUCAAAUCCCAGGUGAUGAAGAGUCAUGCUCUUACAUUACUGAAGAAGAGUGUGAUGCAUGUGAUGCCAAUGAAGAUACUCCAUUAAAUAUUUCCAGUGACAAAACAGAAGUUUUUCAACCUGCCUUACGCUUCUCUGCUUUCUCUGGUGUCCCUCCUUAUCUAAAUUUUUGUCUGCAUGAUGAGAAAGUGGUUGAGCUACCCUGGACUAUACGUCGGUGUUUGAAAUGGAAACUUAGUACCAUUACUCCAAUUGUAGUUAGAAAAACUGUUGUCAAUUCUGGGUUUCGAGUCAUUAAGGAGCCCAAGGAUUGGAUUGGUACUUGGGGGAAACAUAUGAAGAGUCCACUGUUUACAGCUAUUUUGGAACAUCAAAAGGUCAAUCAUUUUCCUGGUACAUUUCAAAUCGGAAGAAAGGACCGUCUGUGGCGAAACAUGCAAAAGAUGGUUGCAAAGUUUGGAAAUGACGAAUUUGGAUUUCUUCCCCAAACGUUUGUUUUACCUCACGACUUGCGUUUACUAAGAAAGCAGUGGAGUCGAAGUACUACCGAUGUACCUUGGAUAAUUAAACCGCCUGCAUCCGCAAGAGGUACUGGUAUUCAAGUCAUUCACGAAUGGAGUCAGUUGCCAAGAAAGAAACCUUUGGUUGUUCAAUCCUAUGUGAAAAAUCCUUAUCUAAUUAAUGGCACUAAAUUUGAUAUUCGGCUUUACGUCUUCAUCACCAGCGUCAACCCACUCAGAAUCUACCUCUUUGAAAAUGGGCUGGUCCGCUUUGCGUCGCUGGCUUACUCGACUGAAAUGAAUACCCUCAAUGACUUGUACGUUCAUCUAACUAACUACAGUGUAAACAAACACUGCGAGGGGUACGUGGCCAACGAAGAUGCCAAUUCGUGUCAAGGACAUAAAUGGACUCUGCAAAGCUUGUGGACCUACUUUCUCGGCCUGGGUGUCGAUGUCGAAGCCAUCAAAUCCUCUCUGAGAGAUAUUGUGAUUAAAACUCUGCUGAGUGUCGCACCAGCCCUCAACGACAUGCUGAAAAAUAAUGUCUCGAAUCGCUAUUCCUGCUUCGAACUCUUUGGUUUCGAUGUUUUGUUGGACUCUGACCUAAAGCCUUGGCUGUUGGAAGUCAACAUUUCGCCGUCGUUGCACUCAACUUCGUCGCUCGAUCUUUCCGUAAAGGGUCCUUUAAUCAAAGAUGUUCUCAACAUGGCCUGUUUUCAGUUCCCAAACAACGUCAACAGUUUGAGUAAACAACAUUUAGCCGAAUACAUUUCGACUCACUUCAAGGAACAAAUGUGCGAAGCGACUGCUGGAAGCGACGAGGGAUCGCAGUACUGCGUCAAUCCUUCGACGUACAACUACGAGCUGAGCGAAGAAGAGAAAAAGAAGAACGAAUUUUACGAGACUGCCGUUCAGCGCGUUGUGGCAGUGCCCAAUGGAAAUUCGUGGACGGUUCAAAACCAAAGCGCCGAAAUUGAGAACCGAGUCGACGUUGUCGAUGAAUCCACCAUUCUGGACAAUUUAACUCGAGGCGAUAUACAACAUUUAAUCGAAACGGAAGAUGAAUUGAGUCAAAGUCACGGGUUCACCAGAGUCUUCCCGGCUGAUAAUUCAGAGCGUUACUUUCGUUUCAUGGAGAAAACGUCAUACUACGAUUUACUUUUAAACGAAUGGCAUAAGAAAUUCGGGACCGAUAGAACUUUAGCCAUUGAUUAUCUGAAAACCCAACUUGAGAAGAAAGUUCUAAACUAGAUCAUCAAAUUUAUUCGAUUUGCGUCUCCGAAUAUGUUUUAACCACACACAAAAAAAAUAUGAAAAUGAAUUGAGUGUUUCCACAA